CGGAAACUCCCCUUAGCCCCUUUGGACAACCUGACUAACCAGUGGGACGGGCCCUCCAACAUGUCUCAGAGAAGGACGACCUUUGACCCUCACAGUGGUGAGAACACCCUGUCGGUGGGCCACAAGCUCCCCCGAACCCACAGAGCCAAUAUCAAAGAGAAGAUAUCACAAUGGGAGGGCAAGGAAUCCCCUCAGACAGCCCCAACACCGGCUACCUCCGGCCCUCCCAGCGGUGUGAAGAGGGCAGAAUCUCCGACGAAGCCCAACAGUAAACUCAGCGAGGACCCGAGAGCUGAGGAGGGCAGGAGAAUAACCUGCAAGGAGGAGAAAAAGCUCAGGAAGGAGAAUAUAGGAAAGCUUGGGGAUUCACGGCCUGGUUCGCCUAUCGAGGCUGUGAGACAGCACGCAGGGCGGCUCCUCGACGGCGGCAGUAAAUGCGUGAAUGAAUCCCAAACAAGAGAGGACUGCAGGGAAGUAACCCGCAAGGAAAAACAAAACGUGGGGAAGGAGAACGUAGGAGCACUCCGUGAUUCAAGGCCUGCUUCACCGCUCGAGGUUUCCAAACAGCAGCUAGGGAUGUUGAGGAGAAGUAAUGAUAGCAAUAUGAAAGAGGACAGCACCCGGGAAAAGAGGGCGGUAUUCACUCUCUUUAGAAAGCUGGAGCAGGCGAUGGGGAGCCAUGGCAAAACCCCUUCAGAACUUGGGAACUACUUCAGCCCACCCAGCAGGGACAAGCAGGAGGACGCAAAGACGAAGGAGUCCGAAUCCAUGAUUGGCUUUCGUGACACUUUGAAGUCCUUUGGGACCAGUGAGGACAGAGAGUCGGAAAACGUGUACACCGAGCCUGGGGCGCCCCCCAUCAACCCAGUUCCUAAACCCCAGCGCACCUUCCAACACCCGAACGCCCCCGCCAGUAGGAGCCAGAGGCAGAGGAGGAGUCGGAGGAGCCUCCCCCCACUGCCCUCCAUUUCCCCUCCAACUUCCCUGUCCCGUCCUCUUCCUGGUAACUACCGGAGACCCAGGGCGGACAGACUACGUAACACUGUCAACAGGAAAUCGUUUGAGUUUGAAGACCUGCUGGAGCAUCACAGUCCGUCAGACAGUCUCCCCCUCUCUCAAAAUCUGUCUCAGGAACACCAUUAUGAAGACAUUCCUGAUUCCUCAAAGGAAAAUCCAUAUGAGGACAUUGAGGUGGACAGCCAGUGCUCCCAGCAGUCCAUGCCCUCUUCCCCUGGUGCCGACAUCAAUAAGAUGUCCAGGCCCGGCUUCUUCAGACAGAACUCAGGCAGGAGUUUUAAGCUGCUGGACCUGCGGAGGACCCACCACCGCAACAACAGUGCCGGCAGUGGAGGGGUGUCAUCUCCCCCCCAGCUCAGCCCCCCCUCCACCCCUACCUGCCCUGACCACAUGACCUGGCUCCCCGGCGACCCCUUAUACAGGACCUAUCGAAGAAUACCUACGGUCGUACUAAAGAUCAACAGUAUCUUCGAGGCUCGGACUGGGAAGAAACGUUUGAGACGGGUCUAUCAUUACGUGGAGACCAGUUCAGGCCGAGUUACGGAUGAAAACAGUGACUCCGAGAGUGAAGUGGAAGACAGAGCGAGAGCCCACCAACAGCGUCUGGUGUCAGUUCAGUCAAUUUUGAGCCAGCCAAGCCAGGCCCAGACACGAAGCGACAGCACCAACUCCCGUAACAGCUCAGUGAAGAAGGGCUCAAAGCAGGAUCUGCACCAGCGUCAGCUGUUUGAGUACUUCCUGGUUGUGUCACUGCAGAGGGCCAAGGCUGGCGCCCCCUAUCAGCCGGAGGUCACACAGCAGUUCCCUGUCAAGCUGGAGCGUAGCUUCAAGUUCAUGCGGGAGACAGAAGACCAGCUGAAAAUCAUCCCACAGUUCUGCUUCCCUGAUUCAAAGGAUUGGGAGCCUGUGGAGAAACACCCCAGUGAGAUGUUCUCCUUUGUUUUGACUGGUGAAGACGGGAGCAGAAGGUUUGGAUACUGCCGGCGUUUAUUGCCCAGUGGAAAGGGGAAGCGUCUUCCAGAAGUCUAUUGCAUCGUUAGUCACCUUGGCUGCUUCAACUUGUUCUCAAAGGUGCUAGAUGAAGUGGAGAGGCGUAGGGCUUUGUCUCCAGCCCUGGUACAGCCUUUCAUGAGAGCCAUCAUGGAGGCCCAGUUUCCUGCUCCGGGAAGAACAAUCACCAUCAAAACCUUCCUCCCCGGCACUGGCACGGAGGUGAUGGAGCUGUGUCGGCCCCCUGACUCCCGCCUGGAGCAUGUGGACUUCGAGUGUCUGUUCUCCUGUUUGAGCCUGCGGCUGCUCUUCAGGGUGCUUGGAUCUCUGCUGUUGGAGCGCAGGGUCAUCUUUACCGCUGACAAGCUCAGCACUCUCUCCCAGUGCUGCCAUGCAGUGGUGGCGUUGCUCUACCCAUUUGCAUGGCAACACACCUACAUCCCUGUGUUGCCCUCGGCCAUGCUGGACAUUGUCUGCACUCCCACCCCCUUCAUUGUCGGCCUGCUGUCCAGCUCGCUGCCCCAGCUCACUGAUCUGCCUUUGGAGGAGGUUUUGGUUGUGGAUCUUGGAAAAAGUCGUUUGCUCAGACAGCUGGAUGAUGAAGAUACCAUCCUGCCUCCGAAGCUGCAGUCCGCUCUGGAGAAUGUUCUGGAGAGGAGGAGAGAUCUCGCCAAUGAGAGAGGAGGAGAUUCACCAAAUGACUCUGUCCAUCUCAGCACUGUUGUGUCUGAGGCCUUCGUCCGUUUCUUCUUGGAGCUGGUAGGCCACUAUCCGCUCUUCAUCAUCAGCGAACGGGAGGACGGCUACUCCUCGUCCUCCUCUUCCCCAGUCCCUUGCUCCUUUCAGCACCAGAGCUUCCGUAAAUCAGUACAGUCCAAGAGCGUGCGCCGUUUCCUGGAGGUCUUCAUGGAGACCCAGAUGUUCGGUUGGUUCAUCCAGGAGCGAGAGCUCCAUAAGCAGGCCUUCAGAGGACUCUUUGAGGUGAGGGUGCAGGAGUAUUUGGAGUCCAUCCAGGACAACGAACACCAUAGGGUUAACAGGUUUCUUAAGGGCCUGGGCAAUAAAAUGAAGUUUCUCUCCAAGAAAUGAUACACCGAUGACUGCGCCAGAAGAGACCAGACAAGAAAUUUUAAUAAGAAAUUCAGUAAGAGAAACUCAGCCCACGGGACAAGGGGUAUGGAAAUACAAAUACUGCUGAUGGACAGUAGUUGGCUUUUGCAAGGAUCAAACUUGUGGUCUUUCAGUAGGGGACAUGCUGUCCCACUAUAAGCCAAUGCAGAGAUGUGGAGAACUGCAGAACAGACACGGGAAAAUUAAUCCAUUGAGAAACGUUGUGGCAAACGACUUAAAAUGAUGCAUUGUUUGAGAAAUGGUUCAUCGGUGCUUACAACACAAUGCAUGGGUGUGGUAUAUAGAUUAAAGCUGUAGUAGUAUUGAAAAUCAAUUUUUUUAUUAUCUUUUUUUAUUCCCCAGGGAGAGGUUCUGGGCGCAAGUGAAUUUGGGAACUCUGUGAUAGCAGUAUAUGGUAGAGCCACUAGGGGGCAGUAGAAAGUCUUCACACUUCACCCGCUCCCAGAAGGGAAAGAUAAUGGAUUUCCUGCUCUUAAUUCUUCAGCUUUAUUCUCGUCAUAACAGUGAGAAUGUCAUAAAUGC